UUUUUUAGGAGGGAGACCCUCCUUCGCGGCCGCCCGCUCGCAGCCAUGGCUUUGAAGGAGGCGGGCGGCAGCAUCCUGCCCAUCAGCGACAUGGUGUCGGGGCCGUCGGGCUCGCCGUUCCCCGAGGUGGUGGAGCUGAACGUGGGGGGCCAGGUGUACGUGACGAGGCACUCCACGCUGCUCAGCGUCCCGGACAGCACGCUGGCCACCAUGUUCUCGCCCUGCCGGGGCGGCCCGGCCGCCGCCCGCCAGCUGCCCAGGGACAGCCGGGCGCGCUUCUUCAUCGACCGCGACGGCUUCCUCUUCAGGUACGUGCUGGAUUACCUGCGGGACAAGCAGCUGGCGCUGCCCGAGCACUUCCCGGAGAAGGAGCGGCUCCUGCGGGAGGCCGAGUACUUCCAGCUGGGCGACCUGGUCAAGCUGCUGUCGCCCAACGUCACCAAGCAAAGCUCGCUCAACGACGAGGGCUGCCAGAGCGACCUGGAGGACAGCAACUCGCAGGGCAGCAGCGACCGGCUGCAGCGGGCGGCGGCGCUGGACAAGCGCUCGGGCUUCCUCACCGUGGGCUACCGUGGCUCCUACACCACGGUGCGGGACAACCAGGCGGACGCCAAGUUCCGCCGCGUCGCCCGCAUCAUGGUGUGCGGCAGGAUCGCCCUGGCCAAGGAGGUCUUCGGCGAGACGCUCAACGAGAGCCGGGACCCCGACCGCCCUCCCGAGAAGUACACCUCCCGCUUCUACCUCAAAUUCACCUACCUGGAGCAAGCCUUCGACCGGCUCUCCGAGGCGGGCUUCCACAUGGUGGCCUGCAACUCCACCGGCACCGCCGCCUUCAUCAACCAGUACCGGGAGGACAAGAUCUGGAGCAGCUACACCGAGUACAUCUUCUUCAAAACUCUUCUAAUCAGUCUGGAUAGUAUGCAGAUCAAAUUCCAGCUAAGAGGAAGAAAGAUACAUUGUAGACUUUCAAUGUGGAAAGCAGUUAUGUCACCUUUUUGCGUGAAGGCAUAAACACUGACAAGACAUACUGCUCUGAGGCUGGUACAUGUGGUAAAUUGUGCCUGCCCUUAGAGCAGACAGCAGGUAAAACUAUAUAUAUUUUUGUUUCUUAAGACAAAUGAAAUUAGUGAAAAAAUAAAUUCACAGCAUCUAUAUUUUUUCCAUUUUAUUGUAUGUAUUAAAUUUUCUGUUUCAUUUCAAAAAUUCACCACAAUUUAUGUAAAUGUGCUAUGCAGUAAUAGCAGCAAAGUUAGUAUGGUAUGUCCUUCCCACUGUUAAAGGCAAUAACUUACAAAGCUGAAAUAAAAUAAUUUACAUGCAAAUAUUAUUACAUAAUCACUCCUCUUUAAAGAAGUCCCUUUGAAAUGAAAGGGAAGCUGGUCAAUUUUAUCCAACUUGAAAGUUACUGGAUAAAAAAUUCACAAAUAGAUAGCUAUUGUAAAAGUUAAUGUCCAUCAGCUAUUUUCAUUUCUCAUUCUGUAUUCUGUGGACUUGUUUUUCUAGUUUUAUGUGUGUAACUUUUGCAUUGCCUGACUGUCAUUUUAACUUUGUGAAACUUAAUAUUAACCUGACUGUUCACUGAAAAUAAUAUUCUCUACAAAGAUGGCAAGAGAAUCAUAAAGCAUUAAAAUUCAAGAGGAAUUGUUUGAGGGGAAAAGGAACAUCAUAUUCAAUCAUACCGUUUCUUAAGAAGUCAGCAACAGAAGACAAGAAGACACAGGAUAUUUACCUGGAACGGUCGCAGUGCUGCAUAUAGACAGGAGGCAAGAACAGAACUGGCAUUUUAAUUUAAAUUAUCCAAAAUUGCUUGUCGUGAAGAACUCAGAUUCCACUAUUAAAAUUAUUCUUUGUCUUGCCCUGGAAACUCAUUACUGGCAGUCUUCAGUUUUCAAUGUUACACUGCAGGCUUACCUGACUAUUUUAGGUGGUGUCCAGUGCAUACCUCACCAUGGAUUCCUUCAUUUCUGGCAUCGAAAUAGAAGCAGUGGCUUGCAUCUGCAGUGACUUGGCUGUGACUGGCGCGCUGAAAGCAAGCUGGUGUCAGCAGCAGGAAGUGAGCUGAAAUAUUUGUUAGAGACAACAAAGCAGAGCAAACAUAGAAAACUGUAAAUAAGAACACAGCCAGCUGAGAGUUAAAGUAGUAGCUCUUCCAUUUUCUAAGUGGCUAAGUAUGAUUUAACUGAUUAACUAAUAAAACAAACUCCAGAAAAAAAUAUUUUCACAUAUACAUUGUUGUGGGACUUCAUGGACAUAACUAUUAUUUUAUCAUUUCAGUUCUUAAUGUACUUGCUUUACUAUUUGAUUUAAGUACUGGUUGAACUAAAUUUUACAAAAUGGAACAUCAGCCCUAAAACCUUCCAUUACAUUAGCUUCAAUUCAUAUCUUCUCAUAGUAGGUAAUAUUUAUUUACUGUAUCAGAGAAACCGAUGGAAAAUCCCUCAAAACAGCUACAUAUUUCCGUGACACAAUGAAGAAAGAGACAAAAUCCUGUCUCCCUCAUUCUUUUCAAAACACAUGUCAGUUUUCCUUCCAUUUGCAGAUCACAUAUCAUAUAAUGUUCUUCCUUUCUGUUUACAUUUUUUAAAUCCUUUCAGUAUUUUAUUAAUAUUUAUUUGAAAUAUUUUUCAAAAGUCUUUAGACAGAGGUUGCUCUCUCUCUUAUCUAGUCGGUCUUUAUACUGAGUUUGUAAUUCUCCUUUUCUUGGCUGGCGGGUGGAAUUUGUUUCCAAGUAUGAUAAUUUUUGAAAAAAGAAAUUGUAAAUUUCAGCUCAGUCCACCUUUCUACUUGCAAAAGAUUUUAGAUCUUCCUGAAGGACUUUAAAAUAAUAUUUUCUGGCAAAUCAAGAUGGACUGCCUGAGAGAAAAAAGAACUGCUUAUUAGGUUUCCAUAGUAACACGUGUAGAACAUUUGCAAAAGUUUGCUUUUAUUACAUGGAUCUGUUCUAUUACAUGAAUAGAUAAGCUUAGCAUCAUGAGUUGUGCUUCACAUUUUGCUGGGUCUGGCUUGUAAUGGCAAUAUAAAUGCCUGUCACUGUGACAUGCAGACAAAGACAGUGCUGUUCAGUGGCAAUCUCUGUAGACAAUUUAACUUCUCAUUGUCAUAAAAGUUUUCUUCAUCUACCAUAUUUAUAGAAUGGAAGAGCUUAGUGAAGGAAAGUGCAACAUUUAGCUUCAUUUUGUUACAGGCCUCUUAUGAAAUAAAUAGCAUAGUAUAUAAAGUUUGAAAUCUGGUGUCUUUUCCUUUACUAUUAGUAUUGUAGCAUGCCUUUGUGUUUCAAAACUGCAAAAAUAUUUUAGCUGUUUUGCAACAUAAGGAUACAAUUUACUGACGUUCUGUUCUCCUGGGAGUGAAAUAUCUGACAAGUAAUACCUGUGGGGCUGAUGUAAUUCCCGUCAAUACUGCAGUGAAUCCCAAACCUGUAAACUCUUCAUUGUGUAAGUAGUUCUACUGAGGGAGAAUAUACAGGAUUGGAUCCAAAUAAGGUCCAGUGAGGAAUCAGUUGCCAUCUGAUGCAUUUUUACAUACUUUAAAGUGUAUGUAAACGAGUAGGAUAAAGUAAGAACUUUAUUUCCGUGAGCUAACAUACAACUGACAGCUCUCAUUGUGCAGUGGUUUGCAGAAAUUAAAAAUUCUUAGUUCUUUCUAAUGCGACUGUGUAGGAGUUGAAUGACAGUGCUUUUGUUUCCUCUCUUCACAGAAUCACUCUUCCUUCCUACAGAUCUCUUAGGAGUCACUCUGAAUUGUGAACCUAAAUUUUUACAUAUAGUCCUGCAUCCCCUUUUCUAAAAAAGACAAGGUUACUAAAAUUUUAUCCAAACAUUUAAUUUAAAAAUAAAAUAAAAUUAGGAAUCAAAUAGCACUAAGAAUUGGAUGAAGUGGAUUAUCUGCUUUCUCAGUUGUCACUUAGGCACAUUCUGUCUUUUAAUAGAGAGUAUAAAGAUAAAAUAAUAGAUGUCCUCCGGUAACCCAAUCAGACAUCUUUAGUGUUCUGUUUUAUUGCUCUCUCUCUGCAAUUUCUGGGUUGUGCUGGUUGACUUAUAGGAAAGUAGCACAUAAACCUGGAAGUGACAGUCCAGAUACUCAAAUGCAGUCCCUUGCCUUAAUAGGUAAAUGCAUUAUGUAGUCCUAUUAAUAUGUCUAUGCCAGUUUAAAACCCAUCACUUUGUCUGCUGUCACUAUUUUUGUUGGUUAGAAACCACCUUAAAAUGUCCAGCCUUAGCUUUGCUCACAGACAGUUUAUUCUUUUUAUUCUUUGCAUGUAUUGCUUUUAGUCUAAAUAGCAAUUCUCGUUCCAUUAUAAAGAACAAUUGUAUUUUUUCUGUGUCUUGGUUUGCUAAGAUGAACAAGAUACGAUUUUCUUAUAUAUUCUUAUUUGAUAGUGUCUCCAUUCCUCUGAUUUCUCUACUAGUUCUAUUUUCUGCAUCUGUUCCUCCUUAACUAUAAGUUUUCUGAAAAAAGGUGAUUGGAAUUGUAGAAGGUACAUCCAAUGAGUUUUUACCAGGGUUGUGGCGUUUAUACUUUUUAGGAUAACAUUUAUAGUUUAAAUAGCCAUAUCACAACACUGACUUACAGACAACAGUGUACUAGAUUAAGAUAUUCGUAUCUUUCUCUUCCUUUUAUAUCUCCACUGAAAAAUUCUCAUCAUUAGUCUAGCAGUCAGUUCACUUCGUAGUAUUACAUUUCAUCCUAUUUCUGCUACUUCAAAUCUUUUUUAAUGUGUGAAUUCUUAGCAUAUUGACUUGUCUGAACUCUGUGUAGUGAGUGGAAGGAUUUGCUUGAUGUUAUUCUGUUUCUACUUUUUCCUUUUUAGUCUCUAAGCUGUUGUGCCUUUUUGCAACCAUAUGGGCAUUACAACUUAAGAGAUCCAUGAUACCAUGGCCCAAGUGAACACAAAGCUGUUUUUUUUUCUGCAUCUUCAAGACUGCACUUAUUUGGUGUGUGGUUCUGGUGGCAACUGAACGUGGUUCCAAGCAUUCACAGCUACCAAAAUGUGGUCAUUCUGCAGUCUAGAUACUUUUUCAUACCGCUUGAGAUCCAGCCUUGUUCCUCACACUGUGCAGAUGCCUUGACAGUCAGUCAUCAUUGGUUUCUUGGCCUUAUUUUUGUAAAAACUUAAACUGGACAUCAUUUUUCAAAUAUAGUCAGCAUGUGUGCUCCAUUGCAAUAAAUGCUUUAGAGAUCUCUUGAGACCAGAAGCUUAUUUUAAAACUAUGGGAAUAUAGCCUUUUAACAGUAACCUUUGGACACCUUUUAUUUAUAUCUGAUCUCAAGAGAUGCUAACAUUUCAAAAUGAAGGAGAAAAUGGAGGGAGAAGGAAUGGAGGAAAGGAGAAAAUGGAGCAAUGGAGGAGAAAUAGAGGAAGGAAUCUAUAAAAGGCAGAACAAAAUCACUGUGAUUUUUGGUCUGAAGCAGAACGUUAAUAUGUUACAAAACAUAGGCUCUACUUUUGUGGUGUAUUUAUAUCAUCAGUAAAUAAUACAGGCAGGACAGUUGUCAUUCAGAUUAAUAUCACUUUAUCUUAUGUAGAAUUAAGUGCAAGUGCAGAUGAGAGCAGCUAUGUGAUUUCAGAAGUUUCUUUUAGACUGUUCUAUUACAUGAAUAUAAACUGCAGAGCACUAGCACUCUGUAACUAUAAAAUUUUCUUGUUCUUUGGUAUUGCCAUAAUUACUUUAGAAACAUUUAAUACAUAAAGUGUUCUUUUUUAUUCUGAAUGCUGUAAAACAUAAGUCCUCACAAGAUGGCCAUCAGAAUAAAGUGUUACUAGUUAAAAGUCACAGAUAAAAUCAACAAUUUUCAGAUUCUGAGUGUAGAAUUGGUCAUGUUAGGAUCAGUGAUAUUCAAAAUCAAAAGUAAUAGGCAUGUCACACUUCUCACCCACUCCUUUCCAAGGCAGUAUUGUUUCUUGUACUUCUAAAAGUAUAGAAAAUGUUUGAAAUUAUCAUUGAUUUUUUUAAGAGAUGAUUAAGUUGGUUAUUUAUGAGUCCUAAAUAGAUCACACUGUUUGACUUAGAAUCUUGGCAUGAACCGAACUCAUAUACACAGGUAUUUCCCCAAAUCUUUGUUAUUACAAUUUUUGUAUGCCAAUUUGUGUAUUGCUAAUAAGUGAAUUGAAAUGAAGAAUCUUGCAUCAUAACAUUACACGUGGCUUGAAUCAUUUUUAGCAUUUAUGCUUUCCAUGGUUUAAUAUUUGCUGCUGUAUGGACUGUUUCUUCCUUUAACUUAAUAUAAAAUAAUAUUUGCUGCUGUAUGGACUGUUUCUUCCUCUAACUUAAUAUAAAAUUACUCCAAUUAUAUCUUGAACUCUACUUGUUCCUCUCUUAUUUGAAGCUAGAGAUACCCAUUAAAAAGGAAUGGUGCAUUUCCAAAAAAAUUGAGCAACAAUUUUGAUACCUGCUGUGACUGUUCAGAGAACUGCUCCCAACUGUGAUAUUAAUAUUGCAUUGUUUAUCAGGAAGGUAACUUGCUGAGUUAUUUCAAGUUAAAGGCCAGGGUUAUGUCCCACUGAGAUAACAGCAGCAUUAUUUCUUUGUACAAAAGUAUUGGUCUAAUUACUUUUUUUAACUGUACUAUUGGACUGUGGUAGCCAUGCAGUUGCAUACAUUAGGGUUAAAAUGACUUUACAUUGUACAUUUGGCACAAAAUUAUCUUGUUUUUAGGAUAUUUUUUUUUAAAUUUUAAACAGUAAAUUAUUACAUAAUGCAUUCUUACUUUUGAAUUAUUAUUUACUUUAACAUAGUGAUUCAGGAAAAAUGUCUGUUAUAGAAUUUGUAAACAUUUGAAUAUUUUGAAAGCAAAAUAAAAAUUUGUAUAUUAAAGAAUGUAUUUGAACUAAUUAUAUAA